UCCCCCUAAUGAAGGGGUGUGGUAUGUUCCGCAGGCUCCUCUGCGGGGAGGUCCCACUAAGCAUCCCCCCCCAGCGAGAGGGUGGUACGGCCCACACACCCCUCCGGGGACACCGCGGGCAGGACUCCUGGCCCCGUCCUGGCACAGCCUGAGGAUGGAGCUGGGGGCUGAGCCGGGCCCCCCGCACUGCAGGGACACCGACAUCCUGAGAGAUGAUGGCGCAGGCAUGAUGGAGAUCAAGAUGGAUGCGGCUGGUGGACUGUGCCAGACGAAGUCCCCCCGGCAGCCCCACAUGUGCCCAGACUGCGGGAAGGCUUUCGGGCAGAGCUCGCACCUGGCCCAGCACCAGCGCCUGCACACGGGUGAGAGGCCCUAUGCCUGCGGGGACUGCGGGCGCCGCUUCGCCGCCAGCUCCAACUACCUGACGCACCGGCGUGUGCACACGGGCGAGAAGCCCUAUGACUGCGGGGACUGUGGGCGCCGCUUCUCCCAGAGCUCGUCUCUGGCCAAGCACCGGCGCCUGCACACAGGUGAGAGGCCCUACGCCUGCCCCGACUGCCAGGAGGCCUUCGCAGCUGCCGCCGCACUGGAAGCUCACCGCAGCCGGCGCCACGUGGGCGACCGCCCCUUCCCCUGCCCCGAUUGUGGCCGGGGCUUCCGGCACAGCUCCGACCUGGUGCAGCACCAGCGCGGCCACUCUGGGGAGCGCCCAUACCAUUGCCUGCACUGCGAUGCCACCUUCGGCCUGGCUUCCACCCUCGUCACCCACUUGCGGGGCCACACAGGCGAGCGCCCCUACCGCUGCCCCCACUGCGGCGCCACCUUCGCCCGGAGCUCCACCCUCACUCGGCACUGCCGUGGGCAUCGGGAUGGGACCGAGACGGGAGCAGGAGCUGGAAAAGAGGUGGGGAAGCAGGGAAGUGAGCUGGGCCAGGAGCCAGUGGGUCUGGACCGGGUCAUAGAACCAGAAAGGGAGAGCCAGGGCUCAGGGAUGGAGGGGUGUCACCAGGGCACAGAGCUGAAGAAACAGAGUGAGGAGAGUGAGUUGAGCACGGUGCAAGGGGAACCAGGGGCAGAACAGCAGGGUCAGCAGCAGUGCGUAGAGCAGGAGAGGGUGGAAGGGCCCCAGCCACUCCCAUCCGGGGCUGCCGCUGAACAGCCGUACCUGUGCCCAGCGUGCGGGAAGCACUUCUCACGGCGCUCCAACCUGCUAGCACACCAGCGCAUCCACGCAGGUGAUAAGCCCUUCCGGUGCCCUGAGUGCGGACGUGGAUUCCUGCGCGGCUCCAACCUGCGCACGCACCGGCGCCUGCACACAGGCGAGCGCCCAUAUCCCUGCCCAGACUGCGGCAAGCGCUUUGGGGACACCUCAGUGCUGGUGAAGCACCAGCGCAUCCACACGGGCGAGCGCCCCCACCGCUGCCCCGACUGCCCUCGGCGCUUCAGCCAGGCUUCAGACCUGGGCGCCCACCGCCGCGUGCACACUGGGGAGAAGCCCUAUGUGUGCCCUGACUGUGGGCGCGGCUUCUCCCGUAGCUCCAACCUGCUCACCCACCGGCGCCUGCACCGCGGCGAGCGCCCCUACCCCUGCCCGGACUGCGGGAAGCGCUUUGCCCAGAGCUCUGACCUGCUGCAGCAUGGGCGCGUGCACACGGGCGAGAAGCCCUACCCCUGCCCGCAGUGCGGCAAGGCCUUCAGCAAAGGCUCCACACUGGCCGGGCACCGGCGCAUCCACACAGGCGAGAAGCCCUUUGCCUGCACCACCUGCCCCAAGCGCUUCCGCCACAGCUCCCACCUCACUGCCCACCUCCGCGUGCAUGCCCGCCAGCGCCCACUCUGAGCCAGCCCUGGCCCCCACCAGCUACUCAUGGAGCAGUGCUGACACCAGGGGGACCAGAAUGACAUUCCUGUGAGCUGUGCUACCACCAGGGGGUGCUGGAAUGACAUCACCAAGAGCUGUGAUGUCAUUACGGGGUGCUAGAUUAACAUCGCUAUGAGCUGUGUUGCCAUCAGGAGUGGCUAGAAUGACACCGUGAGCUCUGCUGGCGCCAGAGAGCAGCAGGAUUAGAUCACUAUGGGCUGUGAUGUCACCAGAGGGUGCUAGAACGAUGUCACCGUAAACUGACAACAGCAGGAGCUUUGGAAUGACAUUGCCAUGAGCUGUGCUGCCACAAGGGGGCACUAGAAUGAUGCUGUUGGGAGCUAUGAUGUCACCUGGGGCACCAGAAUGAUACCCCACCAUGAGCUGUGGUACUACCAGAGGGUGCCAGAAUGACAUCGCUAUGAACUUUGAUGUCACCAACGGGUGCUGGAAUGAUAUGAUGAGAGCUGUGCUGGCACCAGUCUGCUGUGGAAUGACAUCUGAAUGAGCUGUGAUGUCACCAGGGGCUUUGGAAUGGUGCCACCGUGAGCUGUGCUGCCACCAGGGAGCACCAGAGUAAUGCUGCUGGGAGCUGUGAUGUCACCAGGAGGCU